AAACUUCAUGCUGUGGUGACACGUCAAUGCUGUCAUCAUUUUUGCGGCGAAUAAGAGAAAAAUGAAAUUCAUUUUAACACUGCGUAAUAUUGUUCGAUUUCCACAAGAGCGUAUUAAUAACAAUCAGCUGUAAUCCAAACAUCCUCUCAUUUGUACACAUUUUAUUUAAGCUCAAACGUGGUUCUCCGCCUAUCCAGUAACAAACAAAUCAAAUCAGGUGUCAUCCGGCUAUAAACAUUGCAGCUUUUGGCCAAAUGCAAAACCCAAACUUAUGGAAUUCACGCCGCAUUUAAAGCGCAAGCGAAGUAGCUGCAAAGAAGUGCUCAAACUUGCACCCUUUCCGCUAAGAGAUGAUGGACAACGCUAUAAAGGCGCCUUCAAUGGCCUCUGCGUAGAGGUAGUAGAUGCCCAGCACGCGCCGAUUAGGACGCUACACGACAACGGCUGCUAUGGCAAGGGAAGUGCUUCGCGCGGCGGACCAGUUUCUGGAGAGGCCGAUGAGACGCUCCUGCUCGGCCUGGAGGAGGCAUGCUUGCUGGGCUACUAUUUGGGCGUAUUGGAGAUUCGGGAUAUGCUGGGCAACGAGCUAAGCUGGCAAGCGUACGUGCAAGCGGCGCUGGAUUAUGACAGACAAUUUAUCUACAAACUGGCUUCGUAUUUGUAUCUUAAAUCGAAAAAUUGGAUUAUCAAGAGUGGCAUCAAGUUUGGUGGCGACUUUCUCAUCUACAAGCAGGGCCCGCGGCAAUAUCACGCCAGUUUCUUGGUGCUGGUUCAGGUGUCGGGCGACGCAAUGCACACCCAUUACGUGGCGAAGAAUUUAAAGGGUGUUCAGCGUGUUGCCGAAACCUCGGACAAGGAUGUGCUCAUACUCAGGCUGAACCAGCUGAACGACGACUUUGAUCCUGCGCUGUGCACGCCGGCAAGCCUGCAAUCCCUGACCAUUGAGGAGACUGUGAUACGGCGCUUUAACUACACAUCUUUUGUGCAAAGUAAACAAAAACAAUAACAAGCCUAAACUACAUUUUCUCCA